AUGUCACAUCCCAGGUCGAGGUCCCCAUCGGUCCCCUCUGAGGGUGAGAUUGUCGAAUCAGGCCCAGAGACGAAGGCAACUGCGUCAAAAUCUCCUCUUAAUGGCACCAGCGUUGACCGUCCCACCAGAGCUAGCCCAUCCUCUGCAUCCAGAUCUCCCGCGUCGUUGAAAGGCACUCGAUCGCCACUCCGGCAGAGGUCGCGGACCAGGUCCCUAUCGAGAUCCCGCUCUCGCUCCCCGUACAGAGAGAACAAGACCCAUAAGCGUAAUCACGACGAUAUUCCCGAGUCCUAUGAUGGUAGCUACGACCGGCGACCCCGCUAUGAGCCUCCGCGACACUACAGGUCUAGGUAUGACGACAGACGCCGUGAUAGACCCACCUCCAACAGGCGCCCGAACUCAUAUUACGAUUAUGACCGCGAAGAGACCCAUGGAGAAACGCUACGAUACAGUGAUGAUUACGACCGACAUGACCGACACAAGGACAAGCGGCAGCGCACCCGCAGCCGUAGCCGAUCCCCUUACCGUGAAUCGAGAAGACCCAAGCAAUAUUCCGGUGAUGAAUUUGAUUCAAACGUGGUCAAUGCCAGGUCUUUAGCGGAUACCGCAAGGCGCUUGCCCACUGAACAGUUGGUGAGGGAACGAGGAAAGGCUCCGGUCGUCGCCCAGGACUUGAAGCUUGGUGCUGAAAAACAAAAGAACCAGGUGCAGGCUUCUUUUUAUCUUCAAGCUCAUGUGGCUGACGAAGAAACCACCCCUAACCCGGAGAUUGUGCAAGAGCCGGAGCUCGCUGAGCCCAUUAACGAAGCCGAUGCCCUUGAAGCUCGCCGGAAACGCCGUGAAGCUAUUCGGGCGAAACACCGAAGCCAAGCGACGCCGCUACAUCUCAAAGCACUGAACGUCGGUGAGGUUGAAACGGACUCAUCCACGCCUAGCACUAAGCCAACUAGCGUAAAGGAAACGUUUGAUUCUCCACGAGCAUCCCCCUUCGAACAACCCGGGGAGAUAUUCUCUGGUAGCAUUGGAAAAGACAGUGACAUGGUCAAUUUCAAUGCGCCUGUUGGCGGUACUGAUCAAGAUGGUGCCUCUGCUGCUGAUUAUGAUCCAACACUGGAUACGAAAGAAGAACGACAAAAACAUGGCAACGUACAGGAUGGAAGAGACGACAUUUCCUCUGCAGCGUACGACGAAACCAAGAAUGUCAAGCAGGACAUUCUUCUCCCUGAUGCGCCCCCAGCGCCACCGCCGAAGACCGACACGUUCGAUAUGUUUGCAGACGACGACGAUGACAUGUUCGCAGAGGAAAUACCUGACGCCAAGCCGGCGCAUGCUUCGGCCACAGCUGUACCCCAGGGCAAGGAAUUGGAUAUCAGCAUGAUGGAUAACUGGGACGAUUCGGAAGGUUACUACGCUGUUCGACUCGGCGAGCUGAUCAACGGACGAUACCAUGUCCAUCAAAACCUUGGCAAGGGAAUGUUCUCGUCGGUCGUGCGUGCAACUGACACCCAGACAGGGGGUCUGGUUGCCGUCAAAAUCAUUCGCCAAAACGCCAUAAUGCGCAAGGCCGGUAUGAAGGAGAUCGGCAUCCUAGAGCAACUGCAGGAAGCCGACCCGGAAAACAAAAUGCACCUCAUCAAGUUCGACCGAUACUUCGAGCACAAGGGUCACUUGUGCAUGGUGUUUGAGAACCUCAGCAUGGACUUACGUGAGGUCCUGAAAAAGUUCGGUAGGGAUGUGGGCUUGAACCUGCGCGCGGUUCGGGCCUACGGCCAACAGAUUUUCCUGGGGCUGUGCCUCCUCCGCCGGUGUAACAUCCUACAUGCAGAUCUUAAACCGGAUAAUCUUCUCGUAAACGAGCAACGAAACAUCCUGAAAGUUUGCGACCUGGGUUCGGCAUCGCCGGCCUCUGACAAUGAGAUUACGCCUUACCUCGUCAGUCGUUUCUACCGUGCCCCGGAGAUCAUUCUGGGUAUCCCUUACGAUUACGCCAUCGAUGUCUGGUCUAUUGGCUGUACCCUCUUUGAGCUGUACACGGGCAAAAUCCUCUUCACCGGCCGAAAUAACAACCAGAUGCUUCGCUCCAUCAUGGAAUGCCGGGGAAAGUACCCGCCGAAGCUUCUUCGCCGCGGAUCCCUGGCGCCUCAUCAUUUUGAUGAAAAGCUGAACUUCCACAGCGUGGAGGAAGACAAGAUCACCGGCCGCCUUCACACCAAAAUUGUGGAUUUCAAGAAACCUACACGUGACUUGAAGUCACGCCUCAUGGCACAAGGAACACGCGGCAUGCCGGAUGCUGAGGUCAAAGAGCUGACAAUGUUCUUGGAUCUACUUGACCGGUGCUUGAGUCUCAAUCCCGAAAAACGGAUCACACCGGCCGAGGCUUUGAAACAUCCAUUCCUGGCGCCAAAGGUGUAA